CAUGGGUCACUGAACGGAAUGGGAGACCUAUCUACCUCGUUCCUCGCCACUAACCUGGAUAUUCUUUUCCGCCUUGUUUAGUCAACGAUAAAGAUAAGUACGGCAACACCUGCGAGCUGCACCCAGCGUACAAUGUCACCUGCCCAUUGCUAUGUGUGACAGAUCACUCAAUGUGCCCAACGGCAUUGGCUCCAACUUGUCCCUCGGGUCAGCAAUUCUGCAUGGACGGUACUUGUCAAGCUUCCUGCGAUGGUAUUGAGAAUGCUUGUUUGUGUGGUGGAGCUACUGGUAUACCCAACUAUAUCCCUUGUGCUGCUGGUCAAUUGGUCAAUAUCACCCACUACGACCCACACAAUACAGUCACUCAAUCGAUGCAAUCAUGUGCUUCUGCUGCUUCUAUCAAUUCAUCUUCAGUCGGUGUUUGGGGUGAUACCACUACUCCCUCCAACGAAGUUUGGCUUGAAUGCCCUAUUGUUCCCGAUCCCACCUUCACAUGGACCGAGCCCAUGUGGAUUGCAGUAUGGACGAUUAUGUGUUUUGAGGCAGUCCUUCUUGGAGCUUGGCACAUUUUCAAACACUUUAUGGAAGCGAGCUUCCGCCGUUCUAUCCGACAAAAUGGCAUGGCCAGUAACGACCAAACUGCUACGGUCCUUGGCGCCGAUCAAAACGAUGAAAUCAAGAAGGUCAGCAGUAGCAACACAGCUGGAACUCAAGAGGUCAUUGAUGAAAAGGAUACAUAUGAUGGCGAAAAAGCUACACAGGCAAAAACACCCACUUCUGACGUAACUUCUGACUCUUCUACCCUUGACGACUCUGAAAAGCUCAAAUUCAGAGGAUUCCGAAACAACAUUUUGGGUACUGUCGGGUUCCUGUCCUGCAUCAUCAUCACCAUCCUCUUCCUCACCUUUUUGGGAUGUGUUGUUGGUGAUUACUACGGUACUGUUGACGGCACUGUUUUCGGUGUUUUCCUUGCUUCGGAUCUGUCUUCGGACAUCUUUGCUGCUGUAUGGCACAUUGGUGGUGCCUGGUUUGUGAUGAUGAACCUUACCCGUCACCGCAUGCGCAACUACUUCAGACUAGAGUCAUUUGCACAUGAAUCACCCUAUGUUCAAAUCGAAAAGAAGGAAGAGCAAAUUGUAUUUUUGGAUGAUAGCGGUAAAUGGAUGAAACGUCUGCAGGCUGCUGAACAACAUGUCAAGCGCGCCCUAGGCUUUGAUAUUCUUGUUUUUACUUCCCCCACUCGCUUCACUGCAAACGGUCGUCGCUACUUUGAAUUCCAGUGUGUCCGUUAUGUCUACAACCCUCAGUUUAACAAGUUUGCACCUUAUGAGUUCGAUCUUGGUAUCACUCACGAACAACUCCACUCCUGGGCUAAUGGCAACAAGACUGAUGAAGCGAAUUAUCGGUACGAACUUAUUGGACCCAACAUCAUCUCCGUUCAAGUUCCUUCCAUCCCUCGCGCUGUUUUGCAAGAAUUCACACAUUUGCUUUAUAUCUAUCAAAUGAUGUGCAUGUGGGUGUGGUACUACUUCCAGUACUAUAUUCUUGGUUUGAUUCAAACCGGUAUCAUUUUGGUCUCUGCUUUCAUCAAGGUUGCGCUACGUCUUCAAUCUGAACAUCGUAUCAAGAAGCUGGCAGAAUACAAAAACGACGUCACCGUGCUUCGCGAUGGAAAGUGGCAAGAAAAUGUUUGCAGUUCCCAAUUGGUUCCUGGAGAUGUAUUCGAAGUUGAAGAAAAAAAGGUUGUUCCCUGUGAUGCCGUCAUUCUCAGUGGUGAUGUGGUCGUCAACGAAUCAUCCUUGACAGGUGAAGCUCUUCCCGUCCGCAAGGUAGCCAUCCCCAAUGACAACGGUGUCUACGAUAGUGCUGGAUCCGGCAAAACCAAUACUUUAUUUUCUGGAACCAUCAUUGCUCAACUCAACCCUGGUAGUGAACUCAAGGGCGAAAAGGCUAGAGUUACUGCCUUGGUAGUCCGAACUGGUCUCGCAAGUGAAAAGGGAAUGCUUAUUCACAAGAUCCUUUUCCCUACUCCUGUUAGUUUCAUCUUCAACGAACAACUCAAGGCCGCUAUUUGCAUUCUUCUCAUUUGGGGUUUGGUUGCUUUUGCUUUGUCAUUGUAUCUCAUGGGUCGUGGUAACAUUACCAGUUGGUUUUAUGGUGUCUUCGUCAUCAGUCAGAUUUUCUCACCCUUGCUUAACGCUGCUUUCACCAUCAAUCAAUCGGUUUGCGCUGCUCGCUUGAGAAGAAAGAAGAUUCUUUGUCUCGAUUUGCCUCGUAUCAAUCUUGCUGGAAAAGUCCGUAUCUUCUGCUUCGACAAGACCGGUACUCUUACUCGUGAAGGCCUUGAAUUCUACGGCGGUGUUCCUGUGACCAAGGCUGAUGACAAGGUUCAAUUUACUGAUCGUUCGCCUUCUGGUAAUGAUAUGCACUCUGAUCUCGCCCGAGGUAUUGCAACCUGCCAUGCUGUGACCAAGGUUGGCGAAGAUUUUAUCGGUAACCCGGUUGAUAUCGAAUCUUUCACUGCCAUGGGUUGGACUUUGGAAAGACCAGAUCAGGAUCAGUACAUUGAUACUUUGGUGCCUCCAGCUGCUACUCCUGCAGAGGGAACAAAGGGUGCUGCUGUUCAUGUCCUGAAACGAUUUGAAUUUGUCCACGCUCGUGCCUGUCAAUCCGUCGCUGUUUUGGAUUCUGCCACCAACCAUGUCCAUGUGUAUGUCAAGGGUUCUUUCGAACGUAUUAAGCAACUCUCUGUUUCCCAAUCUAUCCCUGCCGACUAUGAUGCCAUUUCUGCUCGAUAUGCUCAAGAAGGUUGUUAUGUUUUGGCAUUAGCUCACCGCGAUCUUGGUGUUUUCGGCCAAGACAUCGAUAUGGAUACUUUGAACAAAUGGAACCGUGAUGAACUUGAAUAUGAUACCAAGUGCGACUUUAUUGGAUUUGUCUUGUUCCGUAACAUGCUCAAGGAAGAUACUGCUGCUGCCAUUGCUGAAUUGAAGGAAGGUGAUACCCGUACGGUUAUGAUCACUGGAGACACUGCCUUGACCGGAAUUUUCAUUGCCCGCCAAUGCGGCAUGAUUGGACCUGGACAGAAAGUGCUUUUGGGUGACGCUCCUGCUGGCCCUCGUGAACGCGUCCAAUGGCGUGAUGUUGACACUGGCGCCGAUGUUGAUGUUGACGAAGCGAUUGAGAACUGCAAGUUUGAACCCCUUGAAUUGGCUGUGACUGGAAGAGCUUUUGAUGCUCUGAUUCAACAGGAUGUGAUCCGCAAAUACCUUUUGCACACCCGUGUCUUUGCUCGUAUGACCCCUACUGACAAGAUCCAAUGUGUUCAGUAUCAUAUGGAAAAGGGUGUUACUGGUAUGUGCGGUGAUGGUGGUAACGAUUGCGGUGCCCUGAGAGCUGCCCACGUGGGUUUGGCUCUUUCCGAAGCCGAAGCGUCUAUUGUCUCACCCUUCAGCACCAGCAACCGAAGUGUUAUGCAGUGCGUUGAACUGCUACGACAAGGUCGCUCUGCUCUCGCCACAUCUUUCGCCAACUACAAGUUCUUGAUCUUGUAUGGUGAAUGUAUGGGUUUCUGGGAACUGUUUAUGUUCUACUUUGGUGUUAUCGCUCCCCAACCUGUCUGGAUCACGAUUGACGGUUUCAUUACUCCUUCUAUGACUUUUGCCAUUACCCAAGCUCUCCCAGCCAAAAAGCUGGGUCCUCGUCGUCCCACUGCGAAGGUCCUCGGUCCUUAUGUUCUGGCGUCACUCCUUGGUACUAUUUUUAUCAACUUCUGGUUCCUCGCCGCCAGUGUCAUCUGGCUCUUCCAACAGGACUGGUUCUUGUGCAAUGAGUUCGACAGUACCCUUGUGAACACUGCUCAAUGGUGGUUGCUUGGUGAUUCGUAUGAAUCCGAAAUCAUUUCUCUGGUUAUUCUCUUCCAAUUCUGGAAUAAUGGUGCUUUGGUUAACUUUGGAUCGGCCUUCAGACAAGCUUGGUGGCGCAACUACCUCCUUGUAUUUGUUUGGUCAUGCUUCUUCAUCAGCACAAGUUAUAUCACUUUGGCUGAUCCCAAUCCUUAUGGCUGUAUAUUCCGUAUCAACUGUGGUACUGCAUGGGUAUUGCAUGACCAACUAGGCUACCCAAUGCCUGAUUGGUAUAUUGAACCCUACAACUCUGCUAUCAUGCACAAUGUCUUGCCCAAGUACUUUAGAUGGCAGCUUUGGGUUUUCCUUUUGGCCAACUGUGCAGCCAAUGCCAUUUGGGAGAGAGUCAUUGUUCAAUGGAUCGGUCGCAAGUUGGCGAUCAGAAAGUUUGGCGCAAAGCAUAACAAGAACAGAGUUACGCUCAAACUAUAGAGAUGAUUUACGCGAUCUCCUCCUCUUUUUUUUUAUUAUUAUUUCUCAACAUCAUCUAUUGACAUCCUCACUAUUUGCUUGAUACCUAGCUCAAACCCACUUUUUAACCCAUAGAUCACCCAGCAUUUUUAUUUUCCUGACACCUUUUUUAUUUCCAUUUAUUUAUUUACUUAUCACUUCCCUUUUGGUCACCCUUGAAUCAACCGCUAUUUUCCUUUUAUUCUCAUUUUCAGAGUCAUGUUGCUGGACAUAAACAAAGAAUACUUUGAUUCAACACCUUGUUAAUUUUCAGUCAGCCA